GCGAGUGCAGGACGCGCGGCCGCCGCCCCCAGCGCAGCCCGCAAGGCCCCGGGACCCCCGGGCCUGGCCGCCGGCCGGCCGUGCGCCGAGUUCAGCCGCCCCCGGCACGGCCACGCCAGCAUGGUGGACCACUUGCUUCCAGUGGACGAGACCUUCUCGUCGCUGAAGUGCCCCCUUGGUUAUCUGGGUGACAGGCUGGCUGGCGGGCGGGCGUACCACAUGCUGCCCUCGCCCCUCUCGGAGGACGACAGUGACGCCUCCAGCCUCUGUUCCUGUGCCAGUCCUGACUCGCAAGCCCUUUGCUCCUGCUACAGCGGCGGCCCCGGGGCCAAGGGCCAGGACAGCAUCUUGGACUUCCUGCUGUCCCAGGCCACGCUGGGCGGCGGCGGCGGUGGUGGCAGCGCUGCGGCCAACGGCGGCCCCAUGGCCUGGGGGACCUGGCGGAAGGCACCGGCACCUGUGAAAGGGGAGCAUUUCUGCUUCCCCGAGUUUCCCGUGGGAGACCCCGAUGACGUCCCGAGGCCCUUCCAGCCCACCCUGGAGGAGAUAGAAGAGUUUCUGGAGGAGAACAUGGAGCCAGGGGUGAAGGAGGCCCCAGAAAGCAACAGCAAGGACUUGGAGGCCUGCGGCCAGCUCUCCGCCGGGCUGCACAGGAGCCACCUCCACCCUGGGGCCGGUGGGAGAGAGCGCUGUGCCCCCCCCCCGGGAGCUGCCGUGGGCAGCAGCCAGAGCCCGGGGGGGGGCCCCGCCCCCGACGGCCCCAUCCCCGUGCUGCUGCAGAUCCAGCCGGUGCAGGUGAAGCAGGAAUCUGGCGCCGAGCCCAUCUCCCCCGGGCAGGCCGCUGAGAGCGUCAAGGUGGCCCAGCUCCUGGUCAACAUCCAGGGGCAGACGUUCACGCUGGUGCCCCAGGUGGUGCCCUCCUCCAGCUUGAACCUGCCCUCCAAGUUCGUGCGCAUUGCCCCUGUGCCCAUUGCCGCCAAGCCCAUUGGGUCGGGACCCCUGGGGCCCGGCUCCGCCGGCCUCCUCAUGGGCCAGAAGUUCCCCAAGAACCCGGCGGCGGAACUCAUCAAAAUGCACAAGUGUACUUUCCCCGGCUGCAGCAAGAUGUACACCAAAAGCAGCCACCUCAAGGCCCACCUGCGCCGGCACACGGGCGAGAAGCCCUUCGCCUGCACCUGGCCGGGCUGCGGCUGGAGAGAAGCAGUGGAGCCCAGAGAAGAGGGACACAGGCCAUCGGGAUGGUCACGCUGGAGGAGCCCGCGAGCACACACACGCGUGGGGCUGGCCGCUGACCCGGGGCACCGCUCACCUGCUCUCGGUGCCUGUCCCCCACAGCCACCCACUCAGAGCCCGCGGCCCCCCCGGCUGGCCCUCUGUCCGGGCCGAAGCCAGGCCGGCCGUGUGUGCAGGGUGGUGAAGCCAUCCCCCCCCGCCUGGGCUCCAGACCCCCUUGCGCGUCUGCGCUGGCCGGGGGCGCGGAGGGAAGGGACGGCGGGGACGAGGACCACCUCUUGACCCUCGCCCACCCUCUGGGGGAGUUUCGUGAGCCUCUUGACCCCGCGCAACGGGCGUGACAGCCCCAGGUGGCAGCCUGGUGCUGACUGAACAGCCGCGAAGACCCUUUCCAGGGCGUGAGCCUGAGUCUUGGCCGGAUGGAGGGCCGGGAGCCGGGCCUCAGCUGUCCCGUGCCGUGGCCCCUGGCAGCGCUGCAGAGUCCAGAGCGCUGUGGAGGCGCCUGGCUUGGCCACCUCUGGGAGACCCCCGCCACCCCCUUUGUCCCCCUUUGUGACUCGUGUGGCCGGAAGAGGAGUGUUUGUCUUGGCCUGCAGGCCUGGUGUGCCCACAAGCGUUCGUGAUAGGGAGGCAUCUGGAAGGCUGCGGAGCAGAGAGCCAGCCUCAGCAACCCGGCACCGCCCGGCCCUGCACGGGGCCAUCCCGCACGGCGGGCAGAGGCCGGGGAGGCACAUCUCCGGAGACUGGACCAGGCAGCGUGGGCUAGGCUGCCGUAACAGAGAAACCCCAGCACCGCGGAAGCUUCUUUUUCUCCGUUGAAGCAGCCCCGAGGCUCCCGGCACCUUCUUCGCUGCCCUCGAGCCUGGCGCCCCGGGGGCCCCGCGCCUGCCUGCAAAGAGCAAUCCGGGGCUUGUGCUUCCCCCACACAGCACACGCCUGUCCACCGACGUCCCCUCGGCCAGGGCUUAGUCACACAGCCUCAUUCGCUGCAAGGAAAGCUGGACGACAUAGCCUUAAUCUGUCAGGUUAGGAGCACAGCUAAAUUGGGGUCUUCCGUGACAGGGCAAGGAGGGCAGAGAAGGGGUGCGGCUGUGGCCAGGUGCCCGCCCAGCGGGUAAGUCGUGGUGGCCCCGUGGCUUUGUCCACAUUCUCAGAAUGGGUGUCACGGCAGGUAUGGGACCAACAGUCAGGCCUCCAGAGACAGCCGGGUGUCACGAGGGGAGACGCCGCAGGUGCUUUGUGUGACAAGCACGACUGCAGAUGGCAGGUCCCCGCCUCAGGGACGAAAGUAAACAAGAAACAAACCCUGUGAUGUCACCAGCGUCUACGCCUGAAGGGGCCCAGGGUCCAUACAAGUGCCGUGGGGUUGGGGGACAGAAGCAGACAGGCCCGGGGCCGGGGCUUGCAGGGGUUGUAGCUUUCCUUACGCUCCACAGUUCAGGGUCCUGCAGGCCUGGCCAGUGGGCACAGCAGAGGAGCUGCCAGGAAGGGGCCUGCUGUCUGCUCGGCAGCCGAUGGGACGGGGGCUCCGAACAGCACGUGAGGGCCCAAGAGCGGGGCAACGUCGGGCUCUGACAAACACCAAGUCUGAAAAGACCUCGCUGCAUUUGAGGUCAGGCUAAAGGGAUCCCGGACGCCAGGGGGCUGCUAGGAAGACACGGAGGGCGGCCUAGAGAGCAGCGUCCAGAAGACAGGGACGCACACCUCGGGGGCCCACGGCAGGGCCAGAAAGGCAUCCGCGGCGGUCUCCCGUAGUUGUCCACGGGUGAAAAGUCCCGCGGCUCCUGGGAGGGCAUGAAGAGAUCUCGGGCAGAAACAGGAGAGCGACAGGACGGGGUAGACAGAGCGACGGGACGGACGAAGGAGCAUCUCCGGGGAAGAAAAGGGGUAGCAGCGGAACUCAACCUGCGGGAGGGGUGCUGCCCUGGAGGCGGACUCACACGGACCCUCCGGAACCUGGUGGUGAACGAAGGAGGGACACGAGGGAGACGGGUGUGGAGCGCAGAGAGCCGGGGGCCGAGCGCUGGCGGUUCCGGAUCAGAGACGGGGUGAGGUGACGUAGAUACUGACGCAUAACAUGUAUAACAGACGAAUAUGUACCAGGUAGGAUACGCUAAUACACAGCAUAUAUAAUACACGAA